AUGAUUCGAUUAUUAGAAACAAUUUUUUUUUUCUAUUUCAUAUCACACAUUCCUAUUACGUUAUUCAUCGACUUGCAACCUAUUCUACCAGCACAGCUGUAUCCCCAAACUCUAAAAGACCUACUCAAGUGGUAUGCAAAUGAGUUUAAAGACCCACUGCUGCUGCACCCUCCGGAGUGGUUCAAGUCUUUCAUCGUUUGUGAGGGUUUGCUGCAAAUGCCGUUCUUCCCGAUUGCAGCAUAUGCUUUCCUCAAAGGGGGCUGUCACUGGAUAAGGACUCCAUCCAUCAUUUAUUCUACGCAUGUUGCCACCACGUUGAUCCCAAUUCUUUCUCACAUCUUCUUCCACAACUACACUACUGAAAGCUCCGGAGGACCAGUGACACAGCAGGAACGUUGGACGCUUGCAUUCAUUUAUGCUCCGUACUUGUUUGUCCCUGUCAUGCUACUUUUCACCAUGCUGCUGUCAACCACAUACAACCCCCCCAGCAAUAUGCAAAAUAUACCGUCUAACAAAAUUAAGAAGAAAAAAUAG